AUGUCAGAGUAUGCUAAAGAUGGCUUUGAGAACACAACAUCUGAGCUGUAUGAGACAUUUGAUGACGUGUCCAGCAUUGAGUACGCCUUGACCCACAUCACCCAGCUGACCCUGGACACCUUUCUCAACGUCAACUACGGCGUCCUCUGUGAGGCCAUCUGUAUCUUCGGCAUCUUCUUCAACAUCAUCAACAUCAUCGUCUUCGUGAAGCAGGGUUUCGAGGAGUCGGUGAACAUCUCCCUGCUGGGUCUGGCUGUGGCCGACACGGCUGCCCUGACCAGUCAGGUGUGGAUGAACAUGAUGUUCAGCCCCGUCGUUCCCUACGUGCCGUACGCCUGGUACACCACGCUCUACCUGACGGGCAGCUGGCCCCACGUCACCUCCACCAGGGCCGUCAGCCUGCUGACCGUCUUCAUCACGUUAGAGCGUUACCUUUGUGUCGCCCUGCCCCUAAAGAUCAAGCGCAUCAUCACCCACAAAACCACAGCCAUUAUUGUUACUUUUAUUUUCUUGUUUACAAUUUCAACGGCUAUUCCCGUUUACGCCGCCUGUUACGUUGGCGACUAUUUUGACCCAGCCACCAACUCCAACACCAUCACUUUGUUUUACAUCCCUAAUGGCCUUGAAAUAGAAAGUAUCGGCGUCUCGUUUGGGGCGGGUGUCCACAUUGUGUCCUUCACCUUGGUUGUAGCCUUCACGGCCGCUUUAAUCAAACAGCUUCACAGCAAAUCAAAAUGGAGAAAAUCUUCAUCGUCUGCCUCAAAGAACAAGAAUAUUUCAAACCGAGACAAGGUUGUCGUCAAGAUGAUUAUCUUUAUAUCCGGCACCUUCAUAGCGUGCUACUCCCCAUCAUUUUUCGGCACCAUCGCCAUCAUGUGUGUCCCGGAGUUUGGCGUGGCGGGCAAAUACCAAAACAUCUUCAACAUUUACUACUCCUUCGUCUUCACCAUCGACUCCUUCAACUCGGCCAUCAACAUUUUCGUUUAUCUAAAAAUGAGCUCGAAAUAUCGUCAAGUUUUUCUGCGUAUGUUUAGUGGCGUACUUUGCUUUGACUACAAAAAGGUUUAA